AGAUGAAGAGGAGGGACUGCAAAGACAAAAGAGGAAACCACCCUGUCCUACAGCAAAACCUGUACCCAGACAGACAUGUCACUCUACAAGUUCCUUCACAGUCAUGACACAAGGUAGCUCAUCACUCUCCAGGGACGACACAGCAGCAGAUUUCUCAUAGACCUUCAAAAACUUCAGAAAUGAUCCGAAUCAACAACACGCAGUACUUCCACUUCCUGCAGCAGGCAGACGCCAUGCGGCGCUCGGGGUCGCUGUGCGACGCCAUCAUCUCGGUCGGGAGUCAGACCUUCAGGGCCCAUCGCCUGGUGCUGGCCUGCGCCAGCAGCAGGCUGGCGCAGCAGCUGGCGCAGGGCGACUCGGACCGCCCGGUCCACUGCACGCUGGACCUCUUCUCCCCACGCACCUUCCAGCAGGUCCUGGACUUCACCUACACUCAGGCACUGGAAGUGGCGGCGGACGACCUGCGCCUGCUGCUGCGGGCCGCGCAGCUGCUGGAGAUGCAGCCGCUGGAGGAGCAGUGCCGCAAGCAGCUGGACGCCCUCGACUACAGAGACGGGGACGGGAGGCGACCGGCGACAGGUGUCAAAGAGGAAGCGAAGGGCGCAGAGGGGACGGAUGAAAGGGAAAAAGAGGGCUCCCGGCGAGACGAGGGCGCGCGUGAGCUCCGGCAGGCGAGCGGCAGCCCCGUCGGGGAAAACCACGCUCCUUCCUCUCCGGCGAAAUCCCACGACGGCUCGCCGCUUCCAAGAAAGAAGCCCAGGCCGCCGCCCACAGCCUCGUCGUACAGCAGAGACAGUGUCAUCACCAGACCUGCGGGCAGCAGCUCCUCGUUCACCUCCAGCCAGGCUUUCUCCACCAACAUGCUGAACUCCAUUAGCACCCUGAGGCAAAUAGCGAAGAACUACUCCAACCUGUUGACAGGGCAUCAUCUCCAGUCCCCGAACCAGCCGUACCCACUGUCCUUCUCCUCUCCCCACGUGUUCCCCCUGCUGAGGCCCCAUGUGCCCACUUUGGGGCCCCACUCCAUGGUCGGCUACCCGGGUCUAUAUUCACAUUAUUCACAGAAUCUCUACGCCGGGUCCAUAGGGGUCGGGGACAUAUUAAAGCAAAGCUCCCUAAAACGGAAGAGACCCAGCCAGAGAGAGUUCACCAGGGCCGUUCAAAGCCACGAGCCAAGCUACGCCGAGGCGCCCAAAGCCGGCGCUCACAGGGUUAAAGCCUGCCACAACUGCAACGCCGACGUCCUCGGCGAUCCAGCGCUGCGGGAGUCAUCCGCCACGCCGUCAGGGUGUCGCUUCUGCGGAAGAGGGGACAAAAAUGAACCGCACUCUCAUCGACACAACCACAGGGGAGAGAAACCCUACCAGUGCCAGCACUGCCCCAAAAAGUUCAGCCUGAAGCACCAACUGGAUACACACCACCGCGUUCACACUGGAGAGAAACCCUUCGAAUGCCGCCUCUGUGGUCAGCGCUCGCGAGACUACUCGGCCAUGAUAAAACACCUGCGCACCCACGGAGGCGCGGCGCCCUACCAGUGCACGGUGUGCCUGGAGUUCUGCAGCAGCCUGGUGGCCAUGCAGAGGCACCUCAAGAGCCACACGGUGCAGGAGUUCCCUCCCGACUGGAGCAUCAACAGCACCUACCUGUACACGUCCCACAUCUGAAGCCUUAACGUUGCCUCGCAGCCGUACGUGAGGCGCUAAUUCACCACAAGGCGUCUGACAAUUGCAAACCCUUUAAUGACAGCUGACAGGCACAAGCAACGCACCCAGGUCAGCUGCGACGCUUGAUCACAUUCACAGCCACAGAGCGGAGAAUUGCAGCACUAAUUUCCAGUGACACGUCUGACGAGGUACUGAAAGUGUUUACCAUUUCACUCUUGAUCAUAUACGUGCAUUAAAGCCACAUCAACAGCUACUCCUCGCUGAAUGACGCAGGCAUCAGCCUUUUUACUUUCACAAUCACUGGACCGGAGGAGUAAACUCUGUCAGUUUGACCCAGGUUUCUAGCUCCCUCUUGAGGACAUCUGCUGUAACAGCCUUUACUGUGACGGGGCUCAGAAAUGCAAAAGGAACUAAAUGAUGAAUAAUUUAAAACAUAUGUCUGAUUAAGAAUACUACAAAGCAAAGUAAAGGUUUGAUUUCGAGAACAAUCAGUCAUUAAAAAAAAAGGAAGUUGAUGGAAACUUGGUUACAAACAGGUUCGUCACUUAGUGAGUGAGCGACUGAGGGAAAAUAGUUGAUCUGCAUUAUCACUACAUGACUCAUGAAAUACAUUUUUAAAAGAAAUCUGUAUGUUAAGUCAAUUUCCAAACACUUGGGAGUGAGGAAGUGAUACUAAGAAGGAAGUGAACCAACACAUCAUGCUUUUUUCCACAGACCUUUACAACGUAUUUGAAUUAGUCCGACAGGUUUUCUAUUUUGGUCAAACUCUGCAUCGGUUUCAUACAGUGAUUUUGUGCUUGUGCUUUGUUGUUUUAAGUGGCAGAGAAGCCUUUAGUUCAGUGUUUUGUCAGUGUUAGCAAACACAUAAGCUUCAGCUGUGCUUAUGGAAUAAACACCACCUAUGGUAAUAUUAAACAUAGAAGAAUGACAAAAAGAAGAGAAAAGAGGAAAUGGCGAGUUGUG